AUAAUGGCGUCAUUGGUAAAGUCUUUGACUGAAGAAGAUUUUAAAUAUCUUUAUCAUUGCGAUAAAAACAAGCGUAAGGUUCUUUUGGCAAAUAUUUUGUGUUUACCUCAAUUUUCCAAGGAGGAAGAUGAUAUGAAAUGGUCAAUCUUGUUCGAUUUUUACUGGGAAAGUGUAAACUUUGCAAGCGAACACGGUUUCUCAUGGCGACAAGGAAUAGCAGUUAUUGAAGUGAUGAAAAAAUUGUUGUGUAAUACACUUGAACUCUCGCUUCCUGAAGCAAUGGAGUACUGUAAAAAUGUCCUGGGAACUUAUUCCUCUGUCUUUCAAAUAAAGCAGCAAAGAAUUCUUGUUGAUUUCGUCUUUCUGUUAUUUUUCAACCACUUUCAUUUGUACAAGUAUGUGUUCACAAAAGACAGAGAUGUAGACAGGACUGAGCAUAGUCUAAUCAUGGAGACGCCAUCUGUUAUACCAAGACUUUGCGAAGGCAUGGAAAAGACCAAGUAUGAUAAACAACAAGCUUUAGUGAAAUUGGAAGAUAAACAUCAGAGAAGGCAAAUGGAAAACCAGUUAAAACUCAAUGAAGAAGUUAAGAAACUUCAAAUCAUGAUACACAAUCAGCUGUCAUUAGUCAGUAGCGAACAUUCUGUCGCUGAGAAAGAUUUAAAAGACAUUGUAAAAGAAGCUAUAAAAGCGUAUGUUGCCGAAGCUGGGUCAACUUUGUCGUACUUGAUCAAGGAAAGCCACGAGAAUUUGAUAUUUGAGUUUGAGAAAUCAGUUUGUCAACAGGUAGUGAAUGCCCCUACUAUAUUAAAAUUAAAGGAAAAGUCGCCAAGCAGUAGCACAGCGAAAAAGAAAUCAAGAGGGAAAAAAUCUCGGUAACCUUCUUGUGUUAUUUUCAUUUGUCGUUAUGUUACUACACAAUGAAGUUAUGUAAAUUAAAUUUUGUUUAUACUUUAUACUAAAAAGUUCGUUUAAAAUAUUUUUAUGUAACAUAAAGUAAAGAAAAAUGCCAUCUUAUCAUGUAUCGCAGGCGCUGAAUGUGAAGAAUCGUUAAAUUAAAAAUAUAUGAAAUUAUAAAAA